UCACUCAAAUUAAACCAUAACCAAAUAAUUCUCUUAAAAUGCAUUCCUCUUUGAUAAAAUUGGGAUUUCUUUUUCUUCUUCUUCAGGUCUCAUUGUCUCAUGCUCAACUAAGCCCUUCCUUUUACGAUAAAACAUGUCCGCAAGUCUUUGACAUUGCAACCAAAACCAUUGUCGAUGCGCUGAGAUCAGACCCUCGCAUCGCUGCAAGCAUCCUUCGUCUUCAUUUCCAUGACUGCUUUGUUAAUGGAUGUGAUGCAUCGAUAUUGUUAGACAACACCACAUCAUUUAGGACCGAGAAAGACGCCUUUGGGAACGCUAAUUCAGCUCGGGGUUUCGAUGUGAUCGACAAAAUGAAGGCUGCCGUAGAGAAAGCAUGUCCUAGAACUGUUUCAUGUGCUGAUUUGCUCGCCAUCGCAGCUCAAGAAUCUGUUGUUUUGGCGGGAGGUCCUUCAUGGAGGGUUCCAAAUGGAAGAAGAGACAGCUUAAGAGGGUUUAUGGAUCUUGCUAAUAAUAACCUUCCAGGUCCAUCCUCUACCCUUAAAGUACUUAAGGAUAGAUUCAAAAAUGUCGGACUCGACCGUCCUUCUGAUCUCGUUGCUCUUUCCGGUGGUCACACUUUUGGCAAAAACCAAUGUCGGUUCAUAAUGGAUCGGCUUUACAACUUCAGUAAUACCGGUUUACCCGACCCAACCCUUGAUAAAUCUUAUCUCACCACACUCAGAAAACAAUGUCCGCGUAACGGAAACCAGAGUGUCUUGGUAGAUUUUGAUUUACGUACGCCAACACUCUUUGACAACAAAUACUAUGUGAAUCUCAAAGAGAAAAAAGGUCUUAUCCAGAGCGACCAAGAGUUAUUCUCUAGCCCUGAUGCUUCAGACACUCUCCCUUUAGUCCGACAAUACGCUGAUGGUCAAGGGAAAUUUUUCGAUGCAUUCGCGAAGGCAAUGAUAAGGAUGAGUAGUCUUUCACCUUUAACAGGGAAGCAAGGAGAAAUAAGAUUGAAUUGUAGAGUGGUGAAUUCGAAACCGAGAAUCAUGGAUGUGGUAGAAGAUGCUAUUGAAUUUGCUAGUUCAAUGUGAGGAAAUGUUUUUCUUUAAUAAUAAAUAAAUUAUCAAUGUUCUCAAGAUGUUAUCUUUUCUCCUUACUUCCUUGUUUCUUUUACGUUGCUUAUUUAAAAUCUAUAUAACUAUUAACCUUGGAUCCAUAAAUUAUGUUUACCUAU